GGUCAGUGUCUAAAACCCUGUGGGGAGAGGGAGUGACCGCGACGAGAUAGUAAAGGCAUAGUUCUAAGAUUUAGGGUUUAGCUCCCGCGUCUCCACUAACCUCCAUCGUUUUUCAAACACCUUAGCUGCCAUGGCGAGCACCAAAGUUCAGAGGGUUAUGACCCAACCCAUCAACUUGAUCUUCAGGUUCCUUCAAAGCAAAGCGCGUAUUCAGAUUUGGCUUUUUGAGCAAAAGGAUUUGAGGAUUGAAGGCAGAAUCAUUGGUUUUGAUGAGUACAUGAAUUUGGUUUUGGAUGAUGCUGAAGAAGUAAACGUCAAGAAGAAGAGCAAAAAGACUUUGGGGAGGAUCCUUCUUAAAGGAGACAACAUAACACUAAUGAUGAACACGGGGAAAUGAGGAUGAGCACAUUGGUACGGUUGCUCCAUCCAACAAGAAGGCUGAUUUUAUCUUUACCUUUUCAGUUUGAUUAGUACUUCUGUUGUCAACAAAUACUUGGAUUGUUUUUCACUUGGUCCUCUAGUUAUGUCAUCUUGUUGCCUGUAUUAAAGCCCAAAUUCCAGAAUGAAAUCCAACCUGUAUGGUGAUUCAGAAACUUUAACACCAACAUUAUAUCGCAGCUAAUUAAGUUAUUUAGAGGAUUUUUUAUAUCUCA